AUGAAGGCCACGCCGAGCAGAGCCAGAGCAGCAAUCCUGGCGAAGGAGAUAGGCAUACACGACGAUGCAUGGUCGCAGGAUGCUCAGCCGGAGUGGGAUUGGAAUGGCUGGGGGACCCAGAGCUCUUGGUCGACGUGGGAUGAUGCCUGGAAUGCCAGGCCAACUUGGUCCAGCCAGGAAUGUGAUUCCUACGAUCAGUGGUGGGCUUGGAGGCAACCUUCGCCUCCGGAACCCAAGGAAAGGAACUCUCAAGAGAUUUUGUCGUUGCUGCAUCGGGGACACACAGUGGACCGGCUCACCUCGGAGGAGCUCAUGGAGAUUGUGGAUGCCAUCGAUUCUCAGCGCCGCCAAAAGGAUGCCGACAAGGACAAAGCUACAACCCCAAGAUCCGUUAAGCGCAAGGCGGUGACACCGAGAAGGUCAGCGAGGAAGACGCCUCAGCAGUCGCCGCCAAAAGGUGGUGAUACAAAGCAGUCGGAGAAAGAUGAGGAUGCCAAGCAGUCCCCGCCAAAAGGUGGUGAUGCAAAGCAGCCGGAGAAAGGUGAGGAUGCCAAGCAGUCGGCACGAAAAGAUGGUGAUACGAAGCAGUCGGAGAAAGAUGAGGAUGCCAAGCAGUCCCCGAAAGGCGGUAAGAAGCAGACGCCGAAACGGGCGAAGCACGAGCCGAAGGAUGGUGACAGUAACCAGGCGCCGGAGGGUGAGACAGGUCAUGGUGCUACUGGGGCUGAGGAUCCGAACUCAGAGGACGCCAAGAAAAAAGAGAAGGAGAAGAGAAAAAAGAAGAUGCACGCCCGCUACAUGAGGUUCCAUCGGUCCUUGGUGAGCCCCAACACGCCGCCGGAAAUCCUGAAGUUGGCUGAGAAGGCGGCGCCCCACUCCCCGGAAAGGUCGUAUUUGUAUGAAUCCUGGCUUACCAGCAACGAGUGCUGGAAAUCCUCGAGAUUGCUCAUCUCCUUGCGGCAGAAGAACUCCACCAAAAACCGAGGAGUUCGAAGGUGGAUGACGUUUGCAGAGAUGUGCAAUAAAUACGGCGAAAGCAUCGCCACCGAGAUCAGGGACGCAAAGCUGGAGGAUGCAGAACUUAAAAAGAAAGAAGUCCGUGACCACCCGGAGUGCAAGCACCGGAAGGAUAUGACGCAAUACCUAUGCUUGGAUGAUGAUUGCGAGGAAAAGGAGGACCUUGAAGAAAUGGAAAAGCUAUUCCAGGCGGAAGAGGGAAGCAGCGAUUCCUCCGAUGACUCAUCGGACUCUUCGGGACAUGAGGCAGCUUCGUCAUCUAAGAAGCCAAGCAAGAAGGAUAAAAAGAAAAAGAAGAAGAAAAGCAAGAAAAGCAAGACCAAGAAGGCUUCAAAGGAGAAAGCGAAGACAAAGAAGCCAGGAAAGAACAAAGGCAAGACGACCGGGCAGGACGUUUAG